AUGAACAAGAGAGGCGAAUUCGGAGAAUCUUCGUCUCACGCACGCUCUCCUUCUCCUCCACCUCUGCAAACACCAUGGAGCCACUCUCCGAAUCACCACCGGAAUCAAAAUCUCUUCCCAGGAGACUCGUCUUCGAGCUCGAGCAGGCUCUGUCUCCGAUCUCCGUCUGAUUACUCGAUCUCGAGCUACUUCUCGAACGGAUUGUGUUCUUCCGACGACGGCUCGUCUCGAUUCGCUUCUCCUCCUUCCGACGGGAUGAUGACGACGGCGGCGACGAAGCAUUACAAGUUCACCGACGAGUUUAAUAGUCUGGGUGGUUAUGGUUUGGGUCUCUGCGAAAGUAUCAAUCGAUUGAACAUCAGAGAAGAAGAAGAAGAAGAGAAGAACAAUCGCCAUUACUUUACUGGAAAUCAACUGAGCAAUUUGUGGAAAUUCGAAGAACCUAACGAUGGCGGAUUUCGAUUUGGUGUUGAUAAACCUUCGCUGUUCCCAAAUCAAAACCCUAGUUUCCAGAGCUACGGAGAUACUCUUGAGUCUUAUGAUUUGGGUUACAAAUCUAAUAAGAGCAUGAUGGAGCCGUUUAUCUUCGACAAAAGUUUCAUCAUGGAAGAAGCUAAGCCUUUCAACAAUCACUCUGUUUCACCGUACUCUCAUCGGAAAAGCUUCGUAGUUGGAACAUUGUUUGAUCAUCAAGGAAGCAGUAGUAGUAACAGCGACACGAACCAUCCGAGGUUUCCUAAGAUAUCUGAAAUCCAAGGUUAUGUCUACUUGAUGGCUAAAGAUCAGCAUGGUUGCAAAAUCUUGCAGAGGAUCUUUGAAGAUGGGGCUUCUCCUCUAGAGACUAUGGUCGUUUUCAACGAGGUGUUACCACAUGCUGCUGAGAUUAUGAUGAAUCCUUUCGGGAAUUACUUGAUGCAGAAACUGUUGGAUGUUUGCAACGAAGAACAAAUAACACAGAUCAUACUCAUGGUUACUACAGAACCUGGAGUGCUUGUCCGUAUAGCCCUCAACACUUACGGUACUCGAGUUGUUCAGAGAUUAGUGGAAGUAAUCAAAACCAAGAAGCAGAGUUUUUUGGUGAAGUCAGCUCUGAGACCUGGAUUUCUCAACCUCGCUACGGAUAUAAAUGGGAAUCAUGUAAUUCAACGUUGCUUGCAGUGGCUUAGUACAGAAGAUAACGAGUUCAUCUUUGAAGAGGCUACAAGGUUCUGCGUUGAUAUCGCGACACAUCGACAUGGAUGUUGUGUGCUACAAAAAUGCAUUGCUUAUUCCACUGGACAAGAACGAGAGAAGCUCAUAACGGAAAUCGCUAGAAACAGUCUCUUCCUUGCUCAAGACCCUUAUGGGAACUACGCAGUCCAAGUCAUCAUAAAGCUGAGGGAUUUAUCUGCGAUUGCGACGAUGCUUGCACACUUGAAAGGUCACUAUGUAGAGCUCUCGAUGCAGAAAUUCAGUAGCCAUUUGGUGGAACGAUGCUUGACACAUUGUCCAGAGAGCCGUCUUCAGAUCGUGCGUGAACUCAUCUCUGUUCCUCAUUUCGAUCUUCUGAUUCAAGACCCUUAUGCCAACUUUGUCAUCCAAGCUGCUCUUACUGCCACCAAGGGCUCACUUCAUGACAUACUCGUUGAAGUCAUAAAGCCUCACUCGAUUCUACGUAACAACCCUUUUUGCAAAAAGAUUUUCUCAAGAAAUCUCUUGAAGGAUUGA